GCCCAUGCGAUGCAAAGCCAAAACAUGUCACGACUUGGAUGUUAUCUUUCGCAUGAGCAGCAACUGAAAUUGGGAAAGCCAAGCAACUUAUGUUAUUGUUGAAAAGGGCAAAGGAGGAGGAGCUGGGAAACUGCAGUUGCUCAGCAUGAUGGCUGCCCCUAGAAAUCAUCCAUCAGGAAGGAGUGAGUACCCGAAAGAGAGUAAGGGGCUGUCCAGGCAACGUGGAGAUCAGCAGUUCACUGCCAGAAAGGAAGGUCUGAAAGCAGAGCUACAGGGAGCACACCUUCCCUCUCCUGCGCCCUUCCGACCCCCACCAUGGCAUCGCCCAUGAGGAGCUUGCUCAGCGACCCCGCCAGAUACCUCCAGUCUUUCCGCCUCUUCCUCGCGAAUUCGACCGAGCACCAGAGCAUGCGGGAGUUCGUGGAGAAGCAGCUGCCGGCCGUGAUAGCAAGUAUUGGAAACGGGAAGUCUACAAUCAAUAUUCUCAGUGUGGGUGGUGGAGCAGGUGAGAUUGACCUGCUGAUCCUCUCAAAAGUGCAAGCCAGAUAUCCAGGGGUCACCAUUAAUAAUGAUGUGAUAGAGCCAAGUGCUGACCAAAUCUUCAAGUACAAAGAGCGUGUGGCUGAGACAUCAAACCUUGAGAACAUAAAGUUUACCUGGCAUGAGGAGACAGCUUAUGAAUAUGAAAGUCGAAUGAAUGCAGAAAAGAAGUCUAAAAAAUGGGACUUCAUUCACAUGAUCCAGAUGCUGUAUUAUGUGAAAGACAUCCCAGCAACUCUCCGGUAUUUCCACAGCCUCCUGGAAGCACAGGCAAAGCUCCUCAUUAUCCUGGUGUCAGGAACCAGUGGCUGGGAAACGCUGUGGAGGAAGUAUGGGUCUGCCUUACCUUUAAAUGAUCUUUGCUCUUACAUUUCCUCUGCUGACAUCAAAAAGAUGCUGGAUUCAGCUGGGCUGAAGUACCAGCUCCAUGAGCUCCCAUCCUACAUGGACAUAACGAGCUGCUUUACUGAAGGGAACGAGGAUGGGGAGCUGUUGCUGGAUUUCCUGACAGAAACUUGUGAUUUUUCUAAAACUGCUCCUCCUGAACUAAAGUGUCAGGUUAUGGAAGAGUUAAGAAAGCCUGAAUGCAGUGAAAAAAAAGAUGGGAAGGUGCUUUUUAAUAACAACCUGAGUGUAAUAGUGAUUGAGCCAUGAGUUAAUUUCUUUUUGCUUCUUGAUCCAAAGCAAAUAGUCAGAUACAAACUGUUAACAGCUGAAAUAUGUUUUGCAUAAUUUAUAAAUGGCUUAGUUUACUUCAGUACUGAUAUAUAGUUUUUGGAACCUGUUAAGAAAUCAAUGUUAGUAUCUGUUGUCAUAAGUGAGCUUUAAUACCCAAUUAAUUCUGCACUAAUCUAUGCGUAUGUAACUCAGCAGUUAAUUGUGCUUUAUCGUAUGGAUGCAGUAUAAUCAGAUGUAAGUCAGACCAUCCACUCAGGCACUGCAGAAACCUGACCAUUUCCUAAGAAAUAAUCAAGAACUAUACGUGGUUUCAUCAUCUUCAUUUAAAAACUCUCUACAGAACAACCAACUCAAUGGCUUCUCAAUGGGAUUUCUUGACCUUGCUGUGACUUCAAGAUCUCAUACCUCCAGUUACAGUGAAAGACUCCUCACACCUUCUGCACGUGUUGGUUGCCUGCUCCUGCCUCUGCAGCCAACUCCAUUUAGUGGCACUGCUUCCCUCUCCCUGAAUUUUCACUUUAUUUUUAAUAUGUUUCAUCUACAGAGCUAUUUGUGGACCAGGUCCAUACUGGCAUUGCAAGAGCAAAGUGACUGAAUAUGGUCAAGGCACAACAAUGGCAAUAGUUGUCCUGGAGAGAUGGAUUUCACUAAUGAGCCCUGAUGCAAAGCUUUUGUUAGGAAUUAGCCACUGCUCUCACACAGGGCUUUCUGGUAUUGUUAGCUAAACACACAAACCUCCUGGUCACAGCCUUUCGCUAACCUGGAAGCAAGAGCCAAGCAGGGAAGAUGUGAAAAUAAACUCUGAUGCCAAACUGACAGGUUUUGGUGGGAUUUGUUUCAUUUUCGAUGUGGUCAUGUCAGGUAAAUCUGUUCAAUAUAUAGUAUAGGAUGUACACCAGGAAGGUGCUUCAUCUGCUUGGCCCCUUCUCCAUGUGGGGCUGUCUCUACUCUGGUAGUUGACGCAUUUGUCUUGCUAAAAGUUUUUACAGUUUUAAGAAGUGUUAUGCUCUCUGCAAGGCACAAUGCUCAGCAGAAUACAAUAUAAUCACUUGAAUGAAUGUAAUAGUCUGAAUACUCAGUUUAUUCAGUGAGACAGGUAUGAUUUCUGUCAUUGAAAUAACUUGAUUCAGUGUUGAAAUGGUUUACUUUAGGUAAUGCUUCAGCUGUAAGAAAUUAUGUUUUAUUUUUGCAUAUACAUUUCUGAUACAAUAAAGAUUAUUAAAGAUUUGAAGUGA